AUGGCUACACGUACCGUUACGGACCUGCCCGUCGAGCUCCUCGUGAUGAUCUUUUUCUUUCUCGAUGCUCGCGGCCUGAUCAACUGCAAACAAGUGUGCCGGAUGUUCCUACAACUUAUACACGGCUCCACUUCCUUGCAAUAUUUCUAUGAACUCGAGCUUGCAGGCAUGGCCGACGAGCCCUUAUGCCCCCUUCCCUACGUGGAGAGACUGCGGAAAUUACGCUCUCUGCAGCACAUGCGCCGCACCGCAGAGCUUGUGCCAGGGUCGUCCUUUCCACAGUGGACGGCGCUUGUGUGGACGACCUCGCCUGGUGGUCUUUUCGCCCAGGCAGACAUGCGAGGCGGAAUUGAAUUCAUCCAGUUCCCAUCCUCAGUGCUUAGAGUCUCAGAGCGUCAAUGGUCUAUCCACAGUGACCAGCUCGAUAUGGACUUGGAGACAAUGUGUAUGGAUCCAUCACAGAACGUUGUUGUCGUGACAGGGUGGGAUCAGGUGCCAAACGAACCAGGUGAGAUCAACCUUUCAGACACGGGUAAAUAUGACGAAUUAGACGAAGAAAACCGCAAGGAAGGACGCCAAUCCCGUCUAGAAGGCGACUACGUAGCGCAUCUUAGCUCUUGGAACUAUGAAUAUGCGGUUCUGGUGUGGGAUUGGAAGACAGGCGAUUUGCUUUGGGAAAGUACCAUAUGUCGUGCAUUCGGCAUCUACUUGCAACGGACGGCAGAGCCAUUGUCAUCUUCGUGCUGGACAGACCAAGCAUAUAUACUGGUGUUCCAACCUUCAUUCGAGGUUCUCACUGCAUAUGGGAGCAUCCUAUACGCAAAGACCAAGCAUUCACUACGCCCCGUCUCAUGUCAACGCACAAAGGCGGAUACUCGCAGAGGAAUCCGGCUCAUCCAUUCUACUCGUCCCCCACAGCGUGGUCUAGUUGCCGUCGCCUGUUACGGAGUGCCGUAUAGUUUAGAAAGUGAGGACGUCUGGACGGAGGUGAUCUUGGUGCCUGCGUCCAUGAUCCGGGAGUGGGUUUUGCGUGCACAGGCCGACAGACUAGCCUACGAGGACAGCCUUCCUGUCGGAGGUGGUGGGCUCGUCGAAUGGGCGGAAUGGGCACCAUACUACCCGAGAAUGGUGCGCGCCGGCAGGCCGUUCUCCGCAGAGGUACAGGGCAUGUAUGCGAUAUUUGCCAAUGUCGAAGGGGAAGAACUUGUGCUGGAUCAUAUUGACUACACCGCCGUCGGAGGUAAAGAAGUGGAAGGCGAUCUCGACACCUACAGUGACCUUGGGGAUGAGUGGGAUGAAGGGGGUGAACUGUAUCUCAUCCCUGAGGACAGUGAAGGCGUCCAUUCGGCAUACGCCUUGCUUCAGCCGGGAAAUGUGAACAUCCCAAAGCCUUAUCUAGUCAUCCUUCCAGACUACGCAAUCUUGCAGGAGUAUAAGGAUGAUGAUGGAGACAAUCAGUGGCAGAUUUAUCAUAUCGUUGCCUCUGAUUCCGGUGAUUCUGUUAUUGGUAAAAUUGCGCCCAAUCGCCGCGCAACUAUGGCGCAGCGAUAG